AUGAACUUGUUUCUGACGUAUCGUGGUAGUGGUAGUAGUGGUGGUGUGAUGAUGUUUAUUCUUGUGCGUGGGGUUCGUCUGACGGCGCAGUCUCUUGCCUCUAUGCGACUGACCGGAGUUCUCUCGCCGCUGCUGCUUGGCGAUGCGAUUGCGGGGCACGUGGCGCUCUGCGGCCGGGCGCAGAUGGAGGCGCUUCUCUUCGUGUCGGCCCGCCUCGCGGUGCACUCGCCGCGGUGUCUGGCGCUGCUGCUCGAGCGGGCGGCGGGCGGCGGGGGGGCGGCCGCGUGGAUUGCCCGCCAGCCGCUCGGGCGCCAAGUGAUGGCCGUCGGACUCUGCGGGACCGCCGCCCCCGCCGCCGCCACCGCCGCGGUGCAGCUCUCCGUCUACGCCGCCGCCCUCGCCGCCCGCGUUGCCGCCCGCCCCGCCGCCGCCGCCCUCGCGACCCGGCAGUUCUGCCACGAUGCGACGACUGUCGUGGCCGCCGGCGGGGCGUCGAUCGUCGCGGGUGGCUGCGGCGCCGUCAUUGGCGGACUGCUGCUGCCGGGCGUCGGCACAGUGCUCGGGUCCCUCGUCGGCUCCAUCGGCGGCGGGUAUCUGCCGUAUCUCCUCCGCAGCAGCGGGCCCUGCGUGGAGUGGGAGCAGAACCACAUCCUCAUGCGGGAGGAGGAGGACGAACACGGCUGCCGAAGGGUCCUCGCCAUCGCCGAGGAAGAAGGCGACUGGCUCAUCAUCGCAGACACCAACGUCGACUCGGAGUUCAUAUUCUGUGAUAUAACAGCAGCAGACACCAGCAAUAGCAACGUCCAUUUCUGCGUAGAGGAACCACUUGUGGGAAACGCAAGCACCACCAGCAGACAGAGUAGUAUCUGUUGGUGGGAUUGUGAUGAAAAUUACAGUGUAGAGAAAGAACGAUAUAUGGACGCAGCAGAAUAUUCUUGGAUGCUGACCAGUGAAGCGGACGCCAUUUCACAUCUAAAUACGGUAGAGGGAAAAGUAUAG